GUUCUCUCAUUUUUUUUCUUAUUUUUUUCACAUGUCACAUAUCUUGACGUCGUCCCAUACUUUUGGUUAUUAAUUAGCAUUAUUACUAUUCUAGAAUCCCCCAUUCUCCCUCCCGACAAUCCGAGUUCCUCUGAAAAUGAGCGACCUCGAGAUGUCGAGGACAAGAGAAGGGCAGUCAGAUCGGGACGUAACAGACGACACCGAGUACAAGCCUACAAACUGGAAGAGAAUCCUGUUCGCCCCGAAAUUUAUACCAUGGCACCUGCUCGGCAUCGCCAUUCUGGUGGCCACGAUUCUGAUAUCCAUCCAUCAUGACCAGGUUAUUGAGGCAUUGAGGCCAUUCUCGGAGAAAGUCAGGGACAUCCCGGCCGGAUGGCUCAUCCCCAUCGCCAUCCUGAUCCUCAUCUCCUUCCCCCCGCUCUUCGGCCACGAGGUGGUGGCGGUCCUAUGCGGCGUCGUGUACGGCCUGUGGAUCGGGUUCGCCAUCGUGGCGGCGGGCACGUUCUUCGGGGAGGUCGGCACAUGGUUCGCCUUCAAGCACACGCUUAGGAAAAAGGCCGUCAAGUUGGAGAAGACAAACCUCAACUACGGUGCCCUGGCAAGGCUGACAAGGGACGGCGGCUUCUGGAUCGUCUUCAUCAUCCGCUUCUCCGCCAUCCCCUCCCACUUCUCGACGGCCGUCUUCUCGACGGGCGACGUCCGCUUCCGCUACUUCGCCAUCGCGACGCUCCUGACGCUGCCCAAGCAGAUCAUCCUCGUCUACCUCGGCGUCCUCCUCGCCCGCAGCGGCGACGACGUCGACGACCGCGACGGCGACGCCACGGUCAAGAAGGUCGUGCUCGCCGUCGGGACCGUCGUCACCGUCGCGCUGGCGGCCUACAUCUGGUUCAAGAUGCGGCAGGUCAAGGUGGUCCUGCUACAAGAGCAGGCCGCGAGGAAGGAGGAGCGCGAGAAGGCGCGGUUGGCGGCUUCGGAGGCGAACGCCGCGGGUUGGCCGAUGCCCCAGGACGGGUCUCCGGGGCGUGUGUAGGGGUAGAUGGGAUGGAUAUCUGGAGUUCUUUGGUUUAGGCUGUGCUAGCGUGCUUUCUUGCGGUUUUUGGUCGAGUGGAAUCAAUUUAGACGAGUGUCGCAAGAUUAUCUUGAUAUUU